GUUCCUGGAAGAGCCCCGACCCCGCGGAGCCGGCGCUCUCGCCUGCUCUUGGCCCGGGGACCGGAAUGGCCUCAGUCGUCAGCUGGGUGUCCUCCUCCGAGGCCCCCAAAACCAGCCCUGAGACCCCGGCUCGCGGUGUCGUUCGCGAGAGCGGCCCUCGGCUCCUCGGGGCGGACCCUCCUCCGCUUCUGCCUCCUAGUCCUCCAAGCGCUGCAUCCAGGAUCGCGGCUGCGGGAGCAACGAGCCGGGACGAUCUCCUGGACAAGGACCAGGAGGAGAAGAAAACAAGAAAAAAGAAGUCUGGUCAUUCAAAAGAACGAUCCAAGGAAAGGAGGAAGAAAAAGUCAUCUAAAAGAAACACAAGAAGCACUGUGCCGACAGUGACAGCGACUCUGAUUCUGACACAGACUCCGUGCCUGGGAGUUUCACAUGAGGAAGACAGCAUGAAGAAAGCCAAGGUGUGCGGUUAGGUUGCUUAUGUGAGAUUUUUCUUUUUCCUGAGGUAAGCUUAAAGUACUACAAACCUUCCUCUUAAAACUGCUUUGACUGCAUCCCAUAGAUUUUGGAUUAUUGUGUUUUCAUUUUCACUGUCUCCAGGUAUUUAUUUAUUUCAUCUUUGAUUUCUUCGAUGACUCAUUGGUUAUUCAGUAGUAUUUGGUUUAGCCUCCACGUGUAUGUGGUUUUUUGAAGUUUUUUUUUUUUUUUCUUGUAGUUGAUUUCUAGUCUCACAGCAUUGUAGUUGGAAAAGAUGCUUGAUAUGAUUCCAAUUUCUUAAGUUUAUUGAGACUUUUUUUGUGGAGAAUAUUCUGUGUGCCCUUGGGAAUGUGUAUUCUGCUGCUUUUGGAUGGGAUGCUCUAUCAGUCCAUUAAGUCUAACAUGUCACUGGAGGUCAGUGUUUCCUUAUUGAUUUUCUGUCUGGAUGAUCUGUCCAUGGAUGUAAGUGGGGUGUCAAAGUUCUGAAUAUGAUGCUUACUGUCAGUUUCUCCUUUAUGUUUUUUCGUAUGUACUGUAUGUAUUUUAGGUGCUCUUAUGUUGGCUGCCUAUAUAUUUACAGUUGUUACAUCUUCUUGAGUUGAUUCCAUGUUCAUUAUGUAAUGUCUUUCUUUGUCUCUUGUUAUGGCCUCUGUUUUUAAAGACUAGUUUAUCUGAUACAAGUGUUGCUACCCCAGCUUUCUUUUGAUUUACGUUUGCUUUGGAUACCUUUUUCUCUCCUCUCACUUUCUGAGUCUUUAGAUCUGAAGGGAGAUUCCUGUAGGCAGCAUGUAUGCGGGUUUUGUUUCUGUGUACAGUCAGCCACUCUGUUUCUUUCAAUUGAAGCAUUUAUUCCAUUUAUAUUUAAAGUAAUUACUGGUAGGUGUAUGUUUACUGCCAUUUUGUUAAUUCUUUUCUUUUUGUUCUUUUCUUCUUCUUUGCUCUCUUCCUUUGUGAUUUGAUGGCUUUCUUUAGUGUUAUGUUUGGAUUCCUUUCUCUUUUGUUGUAUGUGUGUCCAUUAUAGAUUUUUGGUUUGUGGUUACCAUGAAGUUUAUAUAGAUAGCAGUGUAUUUGGUUAUACUUACAUAUACAUAUGUUUGUAUAUGUAUUCUUUUUCAGAUUCUUUCCAUUAUAGUUUAUUAAAAGAUAUUACAUAAACUUCCGUGUGCUAUACAGUAAAUCCUUGUUGUUUAUCUAUUUUAUAUAUGGUAGUGUGCAUCUGUUAAUCUCAUACUCCCAAUUUAUUCCCCCUCCUCGGCAACCAUAAAUUUGUUAUCUACAUCUGUGUAUCUGUUUCUGCUUUGUAAAAAAGUUCAUUUGUACUGUU